AUGCGCGGCAAAAAGCCCGAACCAGAAAACAAAGUUCCACAAGGCGUAGACAUCGACCAAGACGUCGAAGACGUCAAAAACCAACUUCCACCCUUACCCUCACCUCGACCCACCCCCCACAAAGACUUCCUCCACUGCGUGCCCCCCAACGCACCUACCUAUCGUAAAUUCAGCGUCUUCACCGCAGGCAGCAUAGAAAUGGGUAGCGCCGUCCAGUGGCAAAAGCACAUGGUCACCAUGCUCUCCCACCUCCCCAUCACAGUCUGCAACCCGCGCCGCGGCCACUGGAACCCACACAUUACACCGCAGGCCCGCGACAAGGACUUCAAAGAGCAGGUCGAGUGGGAGCUCAGCGCGCUGGAGCAGGUCGAUGUGAUUUGCUUCUUCUUCGACGUCACGACGAAAAGUCCCGUGUCGCUGCUUGAACUGGGGCUGUGGGCUGGGUCUGGCAAGGUGGUUGUGUGCUGUGGAGACGGGUACUGGAAGGGUGGAAAUGUGGAGCUGACGUGUGAGCGGUACGAUAUUCCGUUUGUCAAGUCGUUUGCUGAGCUGGUGCCUGCGGUGGAGAAGAUGCUGGUAGAGAAGGGUAUGGCGAUUGAUGCCAAGGGGGAUUUGGUGGGGGAGAACGUGCACGUUGAGAAGGAGAAGCCGAAGAAGAAGGCGCAGCUUGAGGCUGAGAAGGAGGACUUGCAGAAGCGGAUUGAUGCGCUUCAGGCACAGCUGGCUGAGUCGAAGCUGUGA